CGAAUUUCUUAUUUUAUUGGGAAACUCUUUACAGAAAUGGCAGAUGACAUGGACCCGUGCGAGUGUCUGUGGAAUCAUGAAUUGGCGAUGCGGCGGCUUAUUUCGCUGCUUCGUCAAGGCCAAUCCUACUGCACAGACAACGAGUGUCUGGAGCAGUUACCAGGGCUGCCUCGCCCAGAAUCAGCCGGGAACAGUUUCCUGGUGAUGUUCAUCAUGAUGGCGCUUGCAGUCGCUAUGUACAUGAUGCGCCCGCGACGCAACCAGAUACAGGACGCCGCCAAGCCCGCGCCAAACUCGCACGACCGUGACGGCGCACCACCGACUCCACCAAGAAUUUAA